AUGGGCAGACCUGUCGAUUCAAGCGCUUCUAACGAGAUCUCGGAGUCCUUCGGGUUUUCUCAGACUGUUCUCCAGCCAGAGGUGCAACCAGCAAGUGCUGGCUCCAGCGGUCCGGAUGCGCAGGCAAUAUUAGAAGCUCCGCCAAAGGCGCCGCUGGGCAUUCUGAAGAAGCUUGAACACCACUCGUUCUCCGGGUUUGGCUUCAACACAAUUUUCCGGCCACACAGCACCAACAAAAAGACCCCAACUGGCCUCAAUGCACCCCAGGGGCCCAAUGACAACAUUUUGCAACUUAACCUCACUAAAGAUGUUAUUAAAUUCGACUUCAGGCUCGGAGCGGUGCCUAACCGGGGCUUGUUUGGGCAGGCCGAUAUCAACCUCAACGGGGUGCCCUACACGCAGAAAAUUUUCGACUUGAUGGACCCUGAGGUCGAAAAGCCGCUCAUCCACUUCGAAAACGGCAUUUGGCUGCACGUUCCCGAGACCACCACGCCUGCCCUGCCCCCUUCUCUUGCCCGCAUGGCUUCCAUUCCGCAUGGCACAACCAUCAAUGCCCAGUCUUUCUCGGCGCCUAUCACCUCGGAGGGCGCCCCUGAUAUUAAGCCCAUAUCAAUCACCCCGUUUCUCAUCACCGACCCGACAAAUUUGAUCCCAUUCCCUAGUCAAAAAGCGGACAACAAAAAUACCUUCCGUCUUCCCCAAGAUCUUACCCCCUUUACCAAGGCCGAAACUGUCACUCAAGAAAUGAUCACCAACCCCAACGUUGUUCUGACGAACGCCAACAAGGGCAAGGAAAUCAUUGAGCACACCACUUACACUAUCUCGACAUCCCCACCCGAGUCCAAGCUUGGCGGAGGCACCAGUAACAUCGGCUUUCUCAACGGCGAUGGUUCCCAAGGCGAUGGCACUCCGGCUACGGAUAACACACCCAGAGCCAACGCCAACGCGGUCAAAGUCACGGCCACCUACUGGAUCUCGACUGUACGCACCAAGCUUCAGCUCAAGCCGUUCACACCCACCAUGGAAGAGCCGACGAGGACGUUCUCCCCGACUGCCUUCCGCCCAAAUGAUGCGGUCCCUGUCUUCACUGUUGAUUUCAAGAUUCCGUCGGCCAAGGAGGUCACAGUCGAGUACACUCAGUUUCAGUACUCUCAGACUGUCUUCCUUGACUUUGCCACUCUCAGCUGGCCGCACGCUACUGUCGGCACACUAGCCCCAACUGACCUGAAGCUGAAGCACUCUGUUCUGCGUCAGUAG